AUGUCCUCGUCUACGUAUAUCAAGAGCAUCAUCUGCACGCUGUCCGGAGUGGUUGACUCGACGGAGAAUGCUGUCGACCGCCACCCUAUUGUUAUCAGCCUAGCUGUUCUUUAUGUCGCUCACCGUUUGUGGCGGCAGCGACGGCGUCGCUCGCGAACGCUGCCCCGGUCCCAAGAGCGCGUUUUGGUCGUUGGGGCCUCUAGUGGAAUAGGACGCUCUAUCGCACACGAAUAUGCUACCGCGGGUGCUCGGGUGUGCAUCGUGGGUCGCCGGGACCACCAACUCAAUGCCGUUGCGGAGGAAUGCGCCAACCUCCUCCCGGGGGAAGCCGCUGACGGAGCUGGUGGCAAGCGUGGAAGCAGCGGAGACGUCUUACCCGUCGUGGCCGACUUCACCAACGCGGACGACAUGGUAGCGCUCCGGGAGAAGCUGGAAGAGAGGUGGGGCGGUCUUGAUACUCUGGUGGUAUGCGCAGGCGUUUCGGCGCUGCGACCUCUCCUCGAGGUCGCCGGCUUGGACAGGCAUGACGGGAAAUUCUCGCCGCCUCAAGUCAGUGUGGCAGGAGUUCAACGCACUGUUGAAGUGGCCUGCGCUGCGAUGCACGGCAACUACAUCGGUCCCCUCGUGUGUGCUGUGACCUUUAUACCCCUUCUGUCGUUGACUUCGACGGCCCCAUCGGUCCUGCUCAUGUCCUCCUUGGCUGCCGUAGUGCCUGCUCCGACACGCAGCCUGUAUACUUCCACCAAGGCAUCGUCGCUCCUGCUCUACCAGUCGCUUGCCAUCGAGCAUCCAUCGAUCAAGUUCACGUUCAUUCUCCCGAGCACUGUGGAGGGAGAUUUUCGAGCGUCCGCUGUGGACGGCGGCACAGUUCGCGAAGCAGAUCCAAACAAAAACGGCCUCAAGCGGACCACGGUCGCUCGAAGAAGCAUACUGGCGGUGGACAGGGGUGAGAAGCUCGUCUUCAUGCCGCCGGUAACCGGACGCUUUGCCCACCUCUGUUACUGGGUUUUCCCCUCUUUUAUUGAAGUUUUGGCCGCAAGAAAAUAUAAUUUCACUGCGGUUUGA